AUGAUUAUACCGAAUGAGAAUGGGAACGCCUCCGUUGCUCGAAUAUUUACCACAGAGCACAGCCAACUUCAGAAAUGUUCAGGUGCCAAGCCUGAUCCCGGGGUUCGACGAGACGCCCAGUCGGCGAGCUUAGCUUCCCCCCCAGACCUGGCCGAGGGAAUUCGAUACAGUAGCACAGUUCCUCCGGGGGAAAAUCUGAUAUGCCACCUAGCACCUGGUUUUCGUUUACAUACUUCUUUCGCCUGGCGGUUGAUGCCCUUUGUAACAAAAGGUUUGAGCAAGGAUCAGGGAAGAAAGCGAUAUGAGGGCAUGAGUGAGGAAGCUCUCUUACAACAAGGCAUUGGUGGUUAUUGA